UUUGUGCCGUCGCGCUCCCACCCUUCUGCUCCUGACAAGCCUCCUUUCGAAACCGCGAUUGGACUAAUGACUGCCCCAAUCGAUCAUCUGGCUGACCUGUUCCGAAAGUGGCCACAUACUUCUGGCCUGCCGAAUCCGUGCACUAAAUAA